UCUGGGGAUAUUUGUAUGCUGUCACAGCAUUGCGUUUCAGUCAGUAACUCUUCACCUGGUGUGAAAACCAAAAAGAUAAAAGACAUGCGUGAUAAAAUGAGGAAAUGGAGGGAAGAAAACUACCGUAACAGUGAACAGAUAGUGGAUGUUGGAGAAGAGUUAAUUAAUGAAUAUGCAUCUAAACUUGGAGAUGACAUUUGGAUAAUAUAUGAACAGGUGAUGAUUGCUGCCCUGGACUGCAGUCGGGAUGAUUUGGCAUUGUUUUGUCUUCAGGAACUAAGGCGGCAGUUUCCCGGGAGCCACAGAGUUAAACGAUUAACUGGAAUGCGGUUCGAAGCUAUGGAAAGGUAUGAUGAUGCUAUCCAGUUAUAUGAUAGAAUUUUACAAGAAGAUUCAACUAACACCGCAGCAAGAAAGCGUAAGAUUGCCAUUCGAAAAGCCCAGGGGAAAAAUCUUGAGGCCAUCCGAGAGCUGAAUGAGUAUCUGGAACAAUUUGUUGGAGACCAAGAAGCUUGGCAUGAACUUGCAGAACUUUACAUCAAUGAACAUGACUAUGCAAAGGCAGCCUUCUGCUUAGAGGAGCUUAUGAUGACUAAUCCACACAACCACUUAUACUGUCAGCAGUAUGCUGAAGUUAAAUACACUCAGGGGGGGCUUGAAAACCUUGAACUAUCAAGAAAGUAUUUUGCACAAGCACUGAAGCUUAACAACAGAAAUAUGAGAGCUUUGUUUGGACUUUACAUGUCUGCCAGCCAUAUUGCUUCCAAUCCAAAAGCAAGUGCAAAAAUGAAAAAAGAUAAUAUGAAAUAUGCCAGCUGGGCAGCUAAUCAAAUAAAUAGAGCGUACCAGUUUGCAGGUCGCAGUAAGAAAGAAACGAAAUACUCUCUGAAGGCAGUGGAAGACAUGUUGGAGACCCUGCAAAUAACUCAGUCUUAGGUUGGCAUAGAGAUCCAAUGUCAAACUCCAAUUCCAUGAUCCACCUGUAAUGACGUGUGGGUUACAAUAAUCUAGUGCUGUUAAAAGUUAAUUUUUUAUUGAUUAACAUGCUAUCUCGAAUAAUGUUUUUGAAAAGUAAAAUGCCUAUUUAUUGCUGCUAUGAGAAGUGUGAUGAAUACCCACUGAAAUAACUUAUCCAUGAAGACAACAUAAAGAAAUUAUGUGCUGCACAUCAGCCUCUUUAGAUUUUUGUAUCUACAGUAGCUGCUUUUAAGCCAUAAUUUGUAGAAAUAAACUUGUUAAAUGAUUUUUAAAAACACAUUUGCCUUGCAAAUGGAAUAAUGAAUUUAUAUAUGUAGACAAAUAAUGUAUGUUAGAAAUUUUUAUCUCAUUUGCAUAAUUGAGAGUAAAAGCAUGCUACAGCUGUACACUCUUUGGUAAAUAUUUACUAUACAGCAGGCAGUGAUUAUGAAUAUACUUUAUUAGAGAAAAACACUGAUGUCCAUGUUUGGGUUUUUUUAAUUAGUUGACAUCCAGUACUGUAGAAAUGGAGAAAAUGUAUUUGUGUACUUUGCUUCAGAGGAGUUCUUGUUCUGGCUUAAGGCCAAAGAAAUUCUUCUCUGUGGCUUCAUGGGCAAAUGCCUCCAUGUCCGUUCUCCAAGCAGUAUAUGCAUAUGCACUUUUUCUGUUUCUUCUCUGUGUCCUUUGUUGUACAUAUGUUCCACAUCAUGAAUUUCAAAACCAUCUCAAGGCAGGGCUGCCUGCUGGUCUGUACUAAGUUUGUACCUAGGGUAUGGGAACCCCUUCACUGUGGUGUAAGCUAUGGUCUAUUAGCUUCCCCACAGGAGCCAAGUGUUAAAGGAUGAGAUAGCUUGUACUUAGUGGAAGAUAGAAGUGUUUCUACACCAUUAGCAUGAAGCAUCUAUCACAUUGUAAAUCUAUGUUUUAUUUGUCUUUAGGCACUUGUUUAUUUACUCAGACAAUUAGUCAAACCUUAAUUCAUUAAUUUUGUACUUCUGAUAAUUUUAAAUGUUCAGAAGUGUACUAUGGCAAUUCUUUUGCACAGCUAUUGUUUCCUUUAUUACAGCUUCAGCAAGACUGGAUAACAGCAGCAACAUACCCUUGACAAAUUCUAAUAAAAAUACUGGAGUGUCAUUUUUACGACUGUUACCACCAUCCAAGCUGAUUUGAGUUUCAGAUUUUAUACUGCCUACUCUAUAUAGAUGGGUAGGUUAAAGGCUAUGUAUUAAAAUCUCCUUUUUAUGACUUAGAACAUGAUGUAAUAAAAUAAAGCUGAGCUCCUGCUUAAAAAACAAAGCAGCAACAACAACUUCUGCUGUGAGUUCAAAGCUUGAAAAAGUGUGUAACUGAACCGGUUAUUGCAUGACACUCUGCCUGUAAGAAACAUACCAGAUGUCAUUCCUAUUAUCCAUGAAGUAGGCUGGAUUAUGAUAGUGUGACUGAAUGAGUGCUGUGCCAUGAGAAGUAAUUGUAUGUGGAAUCCUAAACUAACUUGAAUGAGUGCUGUGCCAUGAGAAGUAAUUGUAUGUGGAAUCCUAAACUAACUUAAUUGAGUACUGUUGAAUUAUAAAACUGCAAAUACUUCAUAGUAUUAUAUUAAAUCACCCAGUUCUAAGUGGAGGAAAUAGGGCAGACCUUUUUAUAAUAGUAUGUCACAAACUGGCUUCAGAACAGCAUUUGCAGAUAGAUUAUGUAUGUUUCAGGUGUACAGCAAGAAAAUCUCAUAGGAGAACCUAUGUAUUUUUGUUCAGAUUUACAGUCUUUUACUGUAUGAGUGUGCCAUCUAGAGUUUUAAACCCUCGUUAGUCUUUUUUUAUUUUACCUGCUUCUCAAAUAACUUGGUUGAUUCUAAAAUUAAAAGCAGUGGGAAGCAGUACUGUGGACUAAAUUUACUUAACAGUGCAUAACAUCUUACCUCUAAGGUAUUAAAAAACAGUAGUGCAAUAUUCUUGUGCUACAGGCAUCUGUGCUGCUGGAAAGCAUUGUAUAUAAUUUAUUCAGAGGCAACUUUCAAUGUAACAAGGUCAGACUUGGACUUGCAGUGUAUCAGUUUCUCUGUAAGGAAGUUUGUUCUGUUUAUUGCUUUAGUGAUUUGAUGACAGAUUUAAUCUUAUUUGUUGCCCAGAACCUUCUAGUUUUCACUCCUGGUUAGCAUCUUUUUGAAAUUACUAUUUAGCACUCUGAUUUGUGCUUCUGUUUUGGCAUAGUAGAGCAUACAAAUUGACCUAGCAACUAUUUCUGACAAAUUUGUAUUUGCUUCAAAGAUAAAAUAAAUUACUCCUAUGAAAAUGCGCAGACAAUCUUUGAUAAACUUUAAUGGCAGUAAAGGAAAUUCAGUCUUUUUUCUGUAUUCAAAUGAAGAAAAAAUAAUCCUAUGUCUGCAGAGGAAGUAACUGUAUGAAAUGCCUUGCACUCUGAGCAAACAAAAGGUACGGAGGAGAAGCUCUGGUAUAGUGUGAUGCUUAGAAAAGUAAUUUUCCAGUUCUAGUAAAUUGUUUUAUGUCAUUGAUACUGUAUUGCAUUAAAGAAUAGUUUUCAAAGAAUGGGGUACUUAGGUAACAAAUGAACUUUGUUAUAUUCUGUAUUGUGCUCUGACAGUCACAAAUGCUAUGCAAAAAUGUUAUUAUCUAACAUGCAGUCUCGUCUUUCCAAAAUAAAAGGCUGUGUUUGCA